AGCCGCCGUCGUCCGGCGGUCCUGGGACGCGGACCUGGACGUCCGGCCCGACUCAGUUCCGGCCGUUUGGGCGGGAUCUGGACGGACGGAGCGACGCUCACCCUUGGGGGGCGGCGGCCCCGGGGCCCGGCGAGGGGCUCGUGUCCCCGCGCUCGCGGAGCGAGGGCUGCCGGAGCUCGCGGCCGGACCCCGGGGCCCGGCCAGCGCGUCGCCCCCUCUCGGGCGGGCGCAACCCUGAGCCCCGCGCGGCUCCCGCCUCGGCCUGCGGUCCGGGGGGCCCUCCGGGAGCGCAGAGGAGGGGCUCCAGGUGUUGGGGCCGUGAUGCGAUACGGCCGACCGUCCCCUUCUAAAAUCGCAUGUUUUGCUACUCCACGGUCUUCAGAUACUUUCUGCUUUCUUGUUUGAGCUUUGAUAGGUGGGCUAUUUCACAUGAGCCACUUUUCACAGGUGAAGCCGAGUUGUCCAUCACCUUUUCCACGAGUCAGAUGAAGCCACGGGGUGUCCUGUAAGUGCGCGUCACAGAUGCUGAGAGAAGUAAUGGAUGGCAGAGGGAAUAAGGUAGGGGUCAGAGGAACCGAGCUGGCCAUCAACUGAUCGUGACUGAAGCUCUUUGAUGGAAUUGGACCUCUUCUUGCUGUCUCCGCUGCCACCACCAUGGUCCGCUGGGUUACCUCAGUGGCCCCCUAGCCCGUCUCCCUGCUUCCCCCUGGUCUCCUGGAGCAUCCUCUCAGCUCUGCAUCCAGCAGAGUCACUCCUCUACUCAGAAUCCUCCGGUGGCUUCUCAUCUCUUGCCCAGGAAAAGCCAAAGUCCUCUCCAGUGCUUUUGAAGCCCCGAUGAUUCCCAUGGCCUCAGUUCUGUUGCUUGCCGUCCUGUGCACUUUGCUGCCACAUUGGCCUCUGUGCCUCAGUCGCUCUUGACUGUGCAGGGCACUCCUGCCUCCUCACGGCUUCUGCACUCGCCGUUCCAUCUGCCUGGAGCACUUCCCUUGAUGCCUGGUUCCUCCUUCGCCUCCUCUGUUUCUGUAUUCAGAUGUCACAUUCUCUGUGAGGACUUCCCAGGUCAUUAUAUUUAAAAUCGUAACGCUCCUUAGCAUCUGAUACAUUUCAUCUCCCUCCUCGGUCAGCUGUCACCCCACUGGAGUUUAAGCUCCAUGCAGGCGGGGACUCAGUCGGCCUGUUCUCCGAUACACCUUCAGCAUGCCUGGGGCCUGGCAGGUGCUUGGUAAAUAUUCGUGGAGUGAUAGGUCUCCAUUUUACAAAGUAAAAUAAAACAAAGCCGUAGGAAUCCUAAAUUGUUCAACACCGUAGAGGUAGGAUUGUCCGUGUGACCUUCUCGGUACGAGAGCAGUGCCGGGUGCCCUGUGGGUCUUCUAGUAAGGAUUCUGAGGGAGAAGUCCUCGUGCCUGAGGCCCGUGGUCACACUGCAGACGGUUUCCUCCUCUGCGUGUGGGUGUGCAGCUCAUCGAUGCCAGGAAGGAAAGCAACAGGUGUAAAAAUCACAAAUGUCGUCAAAUGAUGGAAGAUCCAGGAACCGGGACCGGCGAUACGAUGAGGUCCCCAGGGACUUGCCCUAUCAAGACGGCACCUUGAGAACCCUCCAGUCUCUUCACAACAGUGAGCUGGCCGAGAGCGCUGAUCCUUUGCCACCACCCCCUCUCCCGUUACAGCCACCGUUCGGCCCAGACUUCUACUCAAGUGACACAGAGGAACCAGCCAUAGCGCCAGAUCUCAAACCUGUAAGGCGCUUUGUCCCCGAGUCCUGGAAGAACUUCUUCAGAGGGAAGAAAAAGGACCCCGAAUGGGACAAGCCGGUGUCUGACAUCAGAUACAUCUCCGAUGGAGUGGAGUGUUCCCCGCCAGCCUCUCCAGCAAGGACAAACCCCCGCUCAGCCCCCAGCUCCUGCAGAGACCCUUACGGAGGGUCGGAGGGAGCCUCCAGUUCCCGGAGAGAAGCUGAUGCCCUGUUCCCCCAUGACGCCUGCGGGUCUCUCAGCCGACACACACAGUCCGCGCUGACCUACAGCGAGAAGGUGGCGGAAUAUAACCUGAGAUACUCCUACAUGAAGUCGUGGGCCGGCCUGCUGAGAAUUCUAGGGGUGGUGGAGCUGCUUCUGGGGGCUGGCGUCUUCGCCUGUGUCACCGCCUACAUUCACAAGGACAGCGAGUGGUAUAACCUGUUUGGAUACUCACAGCCCUAUGGCAUGGGAGGCGUUGGCAGCCUGGGCAGCAUGUAUGGGGGCUAUUACUACACUGGCCCCAAAACCCCCUUUGUGCUCGUGGUUGCUGGAUUAGCCUGGAUCACCACCAUCAUUCUCCUGGUUCUGGGCAUGUCCAUGUAUUAUCGGACCAUUCUUUUGGACUCCAGUUGGUGGCCCCUAACUGAAUUUGGAAUUAACGUUGCCUUGUUUAUUCUGUAUAUGGCUGCAGCCAUAGUCUACGUGAAUGAUACCAACCGAGGAGGGCUCUGCUACUACCCAUUAUUUAAUACGCCUGUGAAUGCAGUGUUCUGCCGGGUCGAGGGAGGGCAGAUCGCAGCGAUGAUCUUCCUGUUUGUCACCAUGAUCGUUUAUCUUAUUAGUGCGCUAGUUUGCCUCAAGUUAUGGAGGCACGAGGCGGCUCGGAGACAUCGGGAAUACGCAGAACAACAGGAGAUAAGUGAGCCAUCAUUGCCAUCGAAAAGGAAAGUGUGUGAAAUGACCACCUGUGAUGAUAGACAGAAGGACCAAGAAGUUAAUUUCAAAGAAUUGAGAGCAACAAAAAUGAAACCUGAGCUGCUGAGUGGACACAUCCCCCUGGGCCACAUCCCGAAGCCCAUCGUGAUGCCCGACUAUGUGGCGAAAUAUCCCUCGAUUCGCACGGACGACGAGCGGGAGCGCUAUAAAGCCGUGUUCCAGGACCAGUUCUCCGAGUACAAGGAGCUCUCUGCGGAAGUUCAGGCCGUGCUGAGGAAGCUGGACGAGCUAGACGCCGUGAUGGGCAGACUGCCACGUCGUUCGGAAAACCAGCAGGAACAUGAGAGAAUUUCAAGAAUCCAUGAAGAGUUUAAGAAAAAAAAGAAUGAUCCUACAUUUCUUGAAAAAAAGGAACGCUGUGAUUAUCUGAAGAAUAAACUUUCUCACAUAAAGCAAAGAAUUCAAGAAUAUGACAAAGUAAUGAAUUGGGAUGUCCAAGGUUCUUCUUAAACCUUAUUCGAAACCACUUUUUUAUAUCAAUAUUUAUUUACUGUCUUUUCUCUGCUGGACCCUGUGAUGGAGAAGCAAGUGCUUCCUGAAGCAGCUCGGACGGGUUUAGCUGGUGUGCAGUGUGCAAACAGGACGGCUUCACUUCCAGAGGUUUCAGAACAAAUUCAGGUGUCUAAGAAUGGAGGGAAUCCCGUAUUCAUCUCUGUACCUGUUAAAAGACAACGCCAUUUAGAGAUCACGUCCUCACGGUGUGAUGAGCAAGUGGACUGUCAGUGCCAGUGCUGCUUUCUCCUUUUUUGUUCAGGCGGAUUCCUAGGAUUUUUCUAGGACAAAUUUCUCUUCCUAGCCAAAGGUCUCGUUUCUUCCCUUGAAGGGUUUGAAUCCGAGAUCAACACUUUCCAGCCUCGUGAAUUUGGGAAGGUUGCUUCAUCUCCCUGUGCCUCUUCCCCUCACCUGUGAAAUGGGGCUGAGUGUACCUACCUCGUGGGGUUAUUAGGAUUGACGUGAGUUAAUAUUCGUAAAGCCCUCAGAACAGGGCCUGGCUUGUUACAGGCCCUACGUGAGUGUCUGUGAAGUCUACAGACGUGUUUGUGAGCUGAAUCAACUGCCGAGAGUAAGUCUCGAGGAAGGGUCCUUCGUGAGCAAGCCCAGCCAGCUAACCAACAAGCCACGUAUCUCAUGACUUUCCUCUUUGUGCUGUUGAUAACCUCUACCCACUGAGCCUCAGGCAGAUGCUUCCCUGUGGUUCUGCACCCGCAGCCGUGCAAGGCGGUCCUCGUACCUUUAAUCAGUAUCACUGCGCACCUGUCUCCGCAUCCCCCAGCCCAGCCGGUCCUGUGCACACAGAACAGGAGGAUGGUUGAGUUUGUUGCCUUUUCGGUCCUGUUUGGACAUCCAUCCUAAGGCCCCCUGAUGUUACAUUUACUUAGAAUCUGCCUUUGAUUUAUUGGGGUGCUUCAUCUCCCCAAGAAUUAUCUUGCCUUUGGGGCUUUAUUCAUGAGAAAUGUUUUAUUUUGAUUAGUAUGAACAAUGACCUGCCUAAAACAAUGUUUUUAAAAAAUCAUUGUUAUUGGCUCCUAUUCAGCAUCUAUCUUGUAGAUAAUUUCCAAGGUGUAGAAAUAUAAUUUCUCCUUAAUAUAGCUGCCGUUCAAACAAUUAAAGUUCAAAGAAUUUUCUAGAGUGAUGAAACCAAAGAAAAGCAUAUGGAAAAGCAGAGGCUUAAAAAGUGUUGGUUACUGAAUGAACAUCCUAGUUUUUCUUUGUCAGUGAAAUCUUAUUUAGUGUUUAUUGUUAAUAUUUUAGUUCCUUGGUUCUCAGCUUAGGUCCCGAGAGUCUUAAGAGGUGACACCAAGGGAAGCGAGGCCCCUCUGGAAGCUCCCCAACUAGAACAGCUUCACUUUCUGUCCCCAUGUGAACUUUUCACUUAAGAAGAAUGCCAGUGCUUAAAAAAAAGAAGAAAUAAUACCUUUUUGGUAGACUGUAAAGAGUUACAUUAGUAUUGAAAUGAAGUGUUAUGGAAAUUUAACUUUUUGAAACUAUUUUUACUACGGUUGUAAAUGUGGUCUUUGAAGACCAGUGUUGUAACACUGAUGUUAGACGUUUGUGUCCAUGCCGAGGCGCGCCAACAUUUCAGUUACCUCUAGCUUUGUGUGUGUGUUUAUUGUCUGCUUUUCUAGCAUUCCUGUGUUGACUGGGCAUGUUCUUGAAAAUAGUUUCCAUUAUUAGAAAAUAAACUGGAAAAUCACUGAAAA